AUGUCCGCUUCUUCGACAGGUGGAUUGUUGGAUUCGUUGCGCGGUCUCUUCUAUGUUUCUACCAUUUUUGGGGUAAUUCCUUUGUCUUUGCGUGCGUUUUAUAAACGGCGCGUUCUGCAGGUGUCUAUCACCGGUAACGUAUGGGUGGUGUGCAACAUCAUUGUCUACACGGCGCUGUACCACGUGGCAACCACGAACUACGUGAAGGACAACUGGGGAUCACAAAAAACUCUGACCAAUGCGAUCGGCAUUUUCGUUACUUACAUGGAACCGAUUAUGAUGAGCACGGAUAUGGUGGCGGGAAUGUUCAAUCAGAAGCGUAUUAUUGAGACUUUGGAGCGGUUGAACCGCGUUGAUGCCAAACUUGCCGGAGAAGGUAUCCAGAUCAACAACCGUCCUUUGCAGCACAUCGCCCUGCUUUUAGGCCUGUCCAUGCUGGGUUUCGAGGCAGUCAUCACGGUGUAUAGUUUCGUGGUCUUCGAGGAAGCCGUAACAUUCGUCUCGAUCAUUUGGUUCAUCACGACCAUACCGACGGCGCUUAACUCGGUCUGCCGCAUUUGGUUCAUCCUUCUCGUACACGCCGUUCGCCAACGGUUUAACGCCAUGAAUGCACACAUGAGCGAAAUUGCACAGGGACUACAGCACUACAAGGAGCAACAAGGCAGCGAACGGGAUAAAGAGGUGUGCGAUGUUCCGUUGGACUAUCUGGAGAAAGAAAUAUUUACCGUUUACACCCAGAAGAAGCUGCAGCUUGCGGCAACACCACCGAAAAAGAAACUGCUCACAACUCGGGUCAUUAGUGUUAAGCCGUACGAAGCGAAAAACUUGGGGCACAAGCCGGUACCAGUGCCAUCGCGUCGCAAUGUGGUCCAUCCAUCGGCAAAGCAAGAGCGACCGGGCGCAGUCCAAGAGUUCCUUCCGAGCGAUAUUCGACAAUGGCCCCGGAUCGACCAGCGGAUGGACAACAAGUUAAUACUGAUCUGCCGGACUCACGAUGAACUGUGUGAGAUUGGGAAAAUUAUCAACCGCAUGUACAGCGUGCAGAUGCUCGUUGCGAUGGCCCACGGGUUUGUCGCUAUAACCGCACAGCUAUACUUUCUCUACUGUGGGCUGACAGGGCAGGAGGUGCCGAUCCUGUUCCGCUCCGCUCAGGUGCUGCUUCUGUCGCUGACGUACAUCUGCUACACGGCACUCAAGUGUGUUGUUCCGAUAUUCGUGUGCUGGAAGACCAAAACCGACUCGCACAGGACCGGUAUCGAGAUGCACCACUUGGCAAACGUGAUCGACGAAAGUCAUUGCUACGAGGUGGUCAAUCAUCUUUCGCUGAAACUGCUCAACCACCAUCUGAACUUCAGCGCUUGUGGAUUCUUCGAUCUAGACAUGACAACGUUGUAUGCGAUUACCGGUGCUGUGACGAGCUAUUUGAUCAUUUUAAUCCAAUUCAACCUAGCUGCCAUUCAGAAGUCCAGUGGAAAUACGACCAGCAUAGCUAAUGUAACAACAACUGCACUAGCAAUUAUCGACGAGGUCACCACGGCGCUGGCGACUUACACGAGCCCCAAGUAG